CUCUCUCUCUAUAUAUAUAUAUAUAUAUAUAAUAUGGUUGGUGUUUUUAUUCGCUCUUCAUUACUAGUAAUGGUGCUAAUACUCUCCGACCUCAUCAACCAAACACAUGGAGGGUAUUUGAAUAGUAAUGUAAGUGGAUUUGGAAGCGAAGGGUGUAAUAUUUUCCAAGGGAGUUGGGUGUUUGAUGAUUCUUAUCCUCUCUACGACACAACAAACUGUCCGUUCGUAGAGAAGCAGUUCGAUUGCCAAGGGAACGGUCGACCAGACACAGACUACCUCAAAUACAGGUGGCAACCCACCGGAUGCGAUUUACCAAGGUUUGACGGUGGAGAUUUCUUGAUGAAAUUAAGUGGAAAACGCAUGAUGUUUGUAGGAGAUUCUUUGAGCCUCAACCAAUGGCAAUCACUCACCUGUAUGCUUCACAUAGCAGUUCCACAGACUAAGUACGUCUCCACCAGGGUUGGGGACCUCUCCACGUUCACAUUCCCGAUUUACAAUGUUUCAUUCAUGUUCUACCGCGAUGCAUUUCUUGUUGAUCUUGUAAACGAAAAUGGUGAAAGAGUUCUGAAACUUGACUCAAUGGAGAGCAGCAAAAUGUGGAAAGGAAUUGAUACAUUGAUCUUCAACACAUGGCAUUGGUGGCUUCACACAGGAAGGAAACAACCAUGGGAUUUGAUUGAAGAAGGGAAUGCAACAUAUAAAGAUAUGAAUCGAUUGGAUGCUUAUGAAAUAGCAUUGAGAACAUGGGCCACAUUGAUAGACUCCUCAGUAGAUCCUGCAAAAACCAGUGUCUUCUUCCAAGCCGUUUCCCCUGAUCAUAACAAUGGAAGUGAGUGGGGUGAGCCGAAUGCGAAGAACUGUGGGGGGCAAACGCAGCCACUACUCGCUGCAAAGUACCCGGGAGGUCCACAUCCGGCAGAAGUGGUGCUAGAGGACGUGCUGGGUAGCAUGUCGAAGCCGGUGUAUCUGCUCGAUAUAACAAGCCUUUCGCAGUUGAGAAAAGAUGGGCACCCCUCUGUCUAUGGCCAUGGAGGGCACAACGAUAUGGACUGCAGUCACUGGUGUCUAGCUGGUGUCCCAGAUACUUGGAAUCAACUCUUAUAUGCAGCUCUCAUUCAUAAUUACUAGAUCUUUUUUCACAUUAUAUGCCAAAUGGAACAAAUGUUCUCAUUUGGUGGUCAUUUCAUGCGAAAAACUAAUAAAUUUUGUAUUUGAUGA